AUGCCCGCCCCGCCGGUCGCAGGUGCGAUCAUUGUCGCCAGUAUUAUCAUAGCAGCUGGUAUCGCUGCUUACGAAAGCGAUAACAUUCGAGAAUGGGUGGAGAAGACGAGGCAGAAGAUCGCGACUAAAUUCGACGCCAUAAGCAAUGAUCUCCAGCCUAGAAGACCUAUUCCCAUGCGGGUGCGGUCGACAGAGGCCUCCAUGACCGAGGAGAAGGGCGAGGAUGCGGAAGCAAAGAGAGAGAAGAUGCGGGCACAGAUAGCAGAACGAGCGAGGAUACUCGAGGCGCGGUCGAAAAGGCAACGACCAGGGGCUUCCCCGCCUCAAUCGCCCAGCUUUGAUUCUCUGGUCGACCAUGACGGCAAGCUUCGGUCAGAGGCCUCCUCACCUCCGAUCACACCCAUAGCCGAUACAACAGCAGUCGAGACGAAUGCAUGGGCGGGCGAGCUGCGGUCGCGGCGGCUAGUCGACUCCAGGGAGGACUCUGAGGAGGGCCAGCUGCCGAUGACGCAACAGAAUGUGGCCAACCUGGAGCGGGAGAUGCGACACUCGUUCAACAUUUCCAUACCUGAACGCUCAAUACAGCCAUCGAGUCACCCAUCAGAAAGCCUCCUUGAUCUGACCCCAACCACGGAGGACUUCCCGGACCCAGAUUACUCAGUCCCUUCGAUAGACUCCCACGACCGUCAGUCACAAGGCUACUUCUCAGCGGCUGCCUCGGACAACUCGCAUACGGUGGCAGAGUCCGACUCACAAUAUUAUUAUGCGCAUCCUUCACAACCACAUCAGCCACUAGACGGCCGCUCCAGAACGAUGAGUCCAACAGUCUUCGACCACCCGCCUUCGUCCGCUCAGAGCGUAGCAGGGAGCACAUCAGUAGUAAACCCAAGCGAAGCUGAGAUCAGCGAAGAUGACUUGGUCAGUGAGCCAGAUGGAAUUCGAACUCCAGGUAGUGCCUGGACAGAGGUCGGAAGUUCCGUCAGCGGUGACGAUAGACUCAUACACUAG